UUGCAGGAAGAGUUAUGUUAAGUUUACGAAUUCGCACACAGUUUCGACUGGAUACAAGUAAAUGCCGUUUGCAGUCAACGUUAGCGGAAAAGAUGAAACAGGCUGUAUCCGGAAUUAAUCCUAAAGAUGAUGAAGAAGACCAAAAACGAGUUUUGAAUGAGCAGCUAGACAGUAAAGGUGAACCGUUUCGUCCCGUAUUUUUGUCUCCAAAACGCAAAUUGCGCAUGCAGUUAAAUAUCGAAAGGGAAACAGGCCAAAUGAAAGCGCAAAAUUUACCACGUGGUGAUUUAUUUCAACGAAUGAUGGUUCGUCGGCCGCGAAAGGAAGAAAUGAGUACCGAGCAAGACUGGCCAAGUGUUUGGCCAGUAGCACGUUCAUUCCGUUCCUCUGUGGUACCACUACCAGUUCGCAUGGGUGCUAGGAGGCAUCCAGAAAGGAGGGCACCGUUCAAAACGGAAGGUAAUUUGGAAUUGGUUAAAAUACCGAAUUUCCUUCAUCUUACUCCAGCAGCUAUUGAAAGGCACUGUAACGCAAUCAAAAAAUUUUGUACAAAGUGGCCGGAGAAAUUGGAAGAGAAAGCACGUCAUAAAUUUUUUCCUUUAACAGUGUCUUAUUGCGAUUAUGUCCAUCAGGGUAACUCGUUACGUGAUAUGCGUUCACGUGUCAUUAUUGUUCAACUUAAGCUAUCCGCACUUCAUUUGGAUGAACAUGCUGUUGAUAAAUUGAUUCGACUAGCAGGAGAUAGGUAUAAUCCUGAAAACGAUAUGCUCACGCUUGUAACUGACAGGUGUUUUACAAGAAAACAAAACUACGACUAUGCUAUGUAUCUUCUCAUUGCUUUAUAUAGUGAAUCUUUCAAAGUUGAAGAUUGGGAAGCAGAGAAAUUCGAGGAUAUCCGAUUAAUAUCACGGACAACUGAUUUCAAAGGUUCCAAAAUGGAAAAUAACUUACAAAAUUUGCUUAGUAAUAUGAAGGAGGAAAAGGGUGAUGAUAUAUUUACGAGACAAAAUAUCGAUUCGAAACUCGAGGAAUUUAGUAAAUCAUGGGAAAAUUACCGGAACAGUAAGGAAACAUUUGAAACAGUGCGCAGUUAUGCAGAAUCAAUCAAAAAAUUACUUGGGAUUUCUGAGUUACCGAAUCAAAAGACCGUCAAUACAUCUUCAUCAUAGCCGCUUUGCUUGAUCUACUUAUUGUCAAAAAUAGGUUGGCAUUUUUUCUCUGUCGACUGUUUCCUUCUCAUCGUGACAAAGACUGAGAGGUUCUAUUCUUUCUUACCGACUUCUUUAAUUUUCUUCGCUUCUCAUACUUGGGAAAUGAACCUCAAACUUGGAUAAUUAAAUCUUAUUACGAUAAAUUUGGUUAAUGCAACAACGAACUCGGCAAUUACGACUUCGACAUGACAAUUAAUAACGAUAAUAUGAAGGGGAAACUAAUGACGCUCGGUGUUGUCU